GGCUAAUAUUUCCAUUUUUCUAUGAUGAAAUUGACAGAUCCCUCCACAGCAUCCCCUUCUCCAUCCGCAUAAUAAAACCCCCUGAGAGACUAUACAAUUCCCUUUGUUUUCUGAUAUAUUCCCUUUUUUUUUUCUUUCUCAAGCUGUAAUAUUGCUUACCUAGCUAGCUAGGUAGGGACAUCUCUCUCUAUCUAUGGAGCUAAUUGGAGACACUACCACAGUCAUGGAAACGUCGUCCGGUGAGGCUGUGGCGGCGCAUGACGGUGGCGAGGUGAUUAUGAUGGAUGCAAAUUCCGGUGAAGAAGAGAAUAAUAAUAAGGGAAAAGAAGGAGAAGAAGAAGAAGAAGAAGAAGGUGACAAUAAGAUCAACAGUAACAACAACUCAUUAUGCGGUGGAAACAGAUGGCCCCGCCAAGAAACUUUGGCUCUCUUGAAGAUAAGGUCCGAUAUGGAUGCUGUGUUUCGAGAUUCAAGUCUUAAGGGUCCACUCUGGGAAGAAGUUGCAAGGAAACUAUCAGAACUGGGUUACCACCGAAGCGCAAAGAAGUGCAAGGAGAAAUUCGAGAAUGUAUACAAGUACCACAAAAGAACCAAAGAGAGCAGAAGUGGGAAACACGAGGGAAAAACCUACAAGUUUUUUGAUCAAUUACAAGCCCUCGAGAACCAAUUCACAGUCUCUUACUCUCCAAAACCACAACCCACUUUGGCAACAACAACAAACAUAAUAACAUUACCACCCCCAACAAGGCCUAGUGACACAACAGCAAUCUCUUAUGUCACCACCACUGUUCCAUCCACAAACCCUACAAUCAUAUCUCCUUCACCACAACCACCAACCCAUGCCACCACCACAACUACCAUCACUUCUCCAACAGUAGCAACCAACCCUAAAAACCCUCCACAAUCCAACAACAACAGCAACAUCCCCAAUUACUCUUUGCUCAACAUGAACAACCUCUUCUCCACCACUUCAACCUCUUCGUCCACGGCCUCGGAUGAGGACUUGGAAGAGAAGUACCGUAAGAAGAGAAAGUGGAAGGACUACUUCAGGAGGCUCACGAGGCAAGUCUUGGCCAAGCAAGAGGAAAUGCAGAAGAGGUUCCUCGAAGCCAUUGACAAUAGGGAGAGAGAACAAGUGGCGCAACAAGAGGCUUGGAGGAUCCAAGAAAUGGCAAGGAUCAAUAGAGAACACGAACUUCUUGUCCAAGAAAGAUCAACCGCAGCAGCAAAAAAUGCAGCAGUUAUUGCUUUUUUGCAACAGUUAUCUGGUCAACACCAAAAUUCCACCACAACAAAAGCUGGUGCCAAUUUCCUUCAACAACCACUUCCACAACAAGUACAACCACCACGACAACAAGCUCCACAACCACUGAUGAUGUCAAAUAAUAACAACAUUGAAAUUCAGAAAAUGAAUAAUGGUCACAGUGUUGUUGCUGCUGCUACUCCUACUACUGUCGUUGCUGCUACUGCUAUUGCUACUACAGCUGUUACUACUACUCCUUCUUCAUUGAGCUCUUUAUCUUCUUCUAGGUGGCCAAAGACAGAAGUUCAUGCUUUGAUAAGAUUGAGGACGAGUCUUGAAGCAAAGUACCAAGAAAAUGGGCCAAAGGCUCCAUUCUGGGAGGAUAUAUCAGCAGGAAUGCUGAGACUAGGGUACAACAGAAGUGCCAAGAGGUGCAAAGAGAAAUGGGAGAACAUCAACAAGUACUUCAAGAAGGUCAAAGAGAGCAACAAGCAAAGGCGCGAGGAUAGUAAGACAUGUCCUUAUUUUCAUGAACUUGAAGCUCUAUACAAAGAAAAGAGCAAGACUACUCAGAACCCCUUUGGCGCUUCGUUCCACAACAUGAAGCCACAUGAGAUGAUGGAGCCAUUGAUGGUGCAACCGGAGCAGCAAUGGAGACCUCCUACUCAAUAUGAACAAGGUGCAGCCAAGGAGAACAAUAAUAGUGAAAGAAAAGAAAGAGAGGAGGAGGAAGAAGAAGAAGAUGAUGAUGAAAAUGAAGAGGGAGAUCUAGAGAGUGUGGAAGAUGAAGGAGGUAACCGUUAUGAGAUUGCGACAAAUAAACUUUCUUCAGUGGACACCGUUGAAUGAGACAAGAUAAGGAAGUUUCUGAUUGGAAGGAGAGUCUUAAUUUUAAUUUUAAUUUUAAUAUUAUUUCUUCUUCUUCUGGGGGAUGGAUUUUAAUUAUUUUUAUUUUUAAUUUGAUUUUAAUUUUUCCAAAUUGGGGUUAGGAGAUGUCACUGAAAUUAAGGUUCUGGUAGCAGAUACUCAUCACUAAAGGGCAUGAUAUGCCACAAACACCUGCACUAUAUAUAAAAUUCAAUUCUUUAAUAAUGACCCAUCUAAAAGCAUGGUGGUGCAGAAGCAGAAGCACAAGGUACCUAUCUGACACACUUUCUGAUCAUGGGCCAGCUUAAAAGCAGAUCAUUGGAGUUGUGGGUCACAUUCCGGUCGCCAUGAACUGGGAUCAGAGAUCGUUAACACUAAGAAAGAACAGUUCACAUGGGCCAGCAAAGCAUAAGCUAGCUAUAGUGGGUGUACAUGUUUUAGCGCUCAUAAAUUUAUGUGUAAAGUGUAAAUUGAAGAUGACAUGAGGUCCCAUAGCAGUUUAAUAAAAAUAAAGUCAUAUGCAAACUCUAGUAAUUUUCCUUUACUUUCAUUAUAUAUCACGGAAUCACUGUGUGGUGCUGCUUUCAA